AUGGGGUUAGAGCAGAUGGACUACACUUUUUUUCAAGUGUUUGAUCAUUAAAAUCGAAUCAGACGGUCGACGGGAUGUGUCGGGGUAAAUUAUUUCCUCUCCUCCUCAUGAGUCCUUUUUGUUUUCCCAAGGGGUAGACGAGCGCGGGUUUGCCUUGAAAGGGGGGUUUAAUGCUCUGCUGGGGCUGAGGGGAUUCACUGGCCCACUGUGGUCCUACUCAGUGAUUGAGAGUCACCACAGUACAUGCACCAUCCUACAUGGGUGACUAUAACAAAGACACAGCCUUCUUGGGCCAAACGGGUCCGCACUUUUGGACGACAUUUAUGCUUCUCAACACCAUCUUCGUCUCCACCGGAUUCAACGGGCUCUACAUCGUCUUUGUAGGGGCAGCCCCCGAGCACCACUGCCUCGUCCCGGAUGUCAACCUCACGACGGCGUGGCAGGAAGCCAUCAUUCCCGUCACUGAGGUAGACGGCCAAGAGGUACGCAGCCAGUGUCUGCGCUACAAGUUGGACUUGGUCCGGAACCUCUCAGCAGAGGGAUAUGCUCCAGGGACAGACGUUGACCUCACAGGCCUAGAGCAGGAAGGCUGCUUGGACGGUUGGAGCUACAGCAAAGACGUUUACCAAACCAACAUAGUCACUGAGUGGGACCUGGUCUGUGACGACCAGUGGAAAGUUCCUUUUGCUUCCUCUACUUUGUUCGUGGGAUAUCUCAUUGGCUCGCUGAUCUCAGGCCAGCUUUCUGACAGAUUUGGAAGGAAGAAAAUUGUUUUUCUCUCUCUUGGAGCUCAGUGCAUUUCAGUCCUGUUACAGUCUUUCUCCCAGUCAUGGAGGAUGUUUUGCAUCACUUUCCUGUUGGUUGGAGCCUCCCAGAUUUCACUCUACAUUUCUGCUUUUGUACUCGGAACAGAGUUGUUGAGCAAGACAUUACGUGUGAUCUUCACGACGCUCGGAGCGUUCCUCUUCUACUGCAUUGGCUACAUGGUGCUGCCGUGGAUCGCGUAUGCCAUCAGGGAGUGGAGAACCCUCCUCGCAGUUUUAUCAGCUACCUCUGUGGUGUACCUCCCUCUCUGGUGGUUCAUCCCAGAAUCACCCCGUUGGUUAAUAACUCAGGGAAGAGUGGCGGAGGCCGAAGCCAUCGUAAGAGAGGCCGCUCGGAAGAACAAAGUCGAGGCACCACUUGUUAUCUUCAAAGAAACUGAGUCACUGCCUCCGAGUAAGACGUACACCAUGCUGGAUGUCCUGAGAUUCAGGAACAUUAGAUGCAUCACACUGAUGUGUCUUGUUCUGUGGAUGGCCAUCAAUGUGGGCUAUUUCGGUUUAUCCCUGAACACCUCCAACCUCAGUGGAAACCCUUUCAUGAACUGUUUCCUGUCAGCGACCUCCGAGGUACCUGCCUAUGUUGUAUCCACGUGGCUCCUGAAGAGAUGUCCCAGAAGAGCUCUACUGUCCACCUUUCUGGUCAUCGGUGGAGGAGUCCUGCUGCUCAUCCAGUUCAUCCCAGCAAGUCUUGAGUAUGUGGCCUUAGCUCUGGAAAUGACUGGCAAGUUUGGCUUCACCAUGGCCUUCGGCAUCGUCUACAUCUAUACGGCUGAGGUCUACCCUACAGUGCUCAGGAACCUCGGCAUGGGAAUAUGCUCGUCGGCAGCUCGUAUCGGAAGCAUCACAGCUCCCUACGUCAUCUAUUUAGGGACGUACAAUAAGGCUCUGCCGUACAUUCUUAUGGGAAGUCUUACCAUCGCUUCUUCUGUGGUCAACAUCUUCCUUCCAGAGACGUUGAACAAAGACCUUCCAGAAACUCUGGAACAGAUGCAGGAAUGGCAAGGGCUAACCAGCUCUCUCUUCAGGUUGUGCCGUGGAACCAAAGAGAAGAAAAAUGCUAGAAAUGGCGGGAUUGGACACCCGCAAAAGCAAAAUGAAGCCAAAAGUGACCUGCAAAGCAUUAUUGUGUAGCUUCUCAAGUAGCAGUGAUUCACUUUUUUGUGUGUCAAAGACUAAGGCUUUUCUCUUCUUUUUACUUGAAAUCUGAAAACGCUAUUCUUAAAUAGCUUGAUGCCAUCUGAUUUGCAUUUUGAUCACAAUUUUGUAAAACUUUCCAUUUGUGUUUGAUGUCAAAAUGCAUGGAUACCUCACUAAUCUAUAAUUAGUGCAUGUGUAAAUAAAGCCAAAUGGAGAAUCUCAGUUUUCAUAAAGUAACAAGGUGCAAGACCAUUUCUGAGCACAGAUAGCUCACCAACAAUAAUUAGCUUCUGCAGUGUUGCCAACACUGAGUCACUGUCAUCAGAUUACAGUUUUAUCUGUUCAGCUGUCUGCUAUUCGUGGUUCAACCCAACUGUAUGACUGAAACUAAGCCUUAUUUGUGGUUUGCAAUUUUUCUCUCCAAUCUUAUCAAGUUUUGUUUUGAAUUUCAGAUAUUUGUUUGACUUGUGGACCAUGAUUUUAGGUCAGAAUUGGACUGUUCCACCAAGCAUCCAUGAACUUUUUGAACUACUUGUAGAUUUCAAAUGCAUGGCAACAAUGCUCUUACUGACCUGGUCAUAGUACCAUUGAAAAA